AUGGAGACUCGAGCUGAGAAAGUGUAUGUAGCAGUUGGAGCAGAUUGGUAUGAUGGUUUUACCACUUUGCAAUGGGCACUGAAAAAAUGGUCUCAUGAGGAGAUCAGUAUAGUCAUUCUUCAUGCAGCUAACACUAUAUGCAAAGACUAUGUUUACACACCCAUUGGGAAACUCCCCACAAGUUCUGUGAAUGAAGAGAAGGUAAAAGAUCUUGAAAGGAUUGAGGAUGCCAACAGGGAUAAAAUCGUAUCUCAGUACAUAGCCGCUUGUGGCGAGGUCAAGGCAGAGGUGAUGCAAAUUGAGAAUAGUGAUCAGGAGCCAUUGCACAAGCAAAUUUUGGAAAUAAUAUCGACUUUCGGAAUAACCAAAUUGGUCCUGUCACUCGGUUUCAUGAAAUAUUCUUCCUGGUACUCGAAAUCCUCACAUUUAACCGCAAUUAACAGCUCGUUCUACGUGGUCCGCCACAAGCCUGAAUAUUGCGAUCUGUUUGUGAUAUGUGGAGGGAGAUUAGUUUUCCUGAGAGGAGAAAAUGAUGAAGAAGGGUAUAUAGAAGAUGAUAGAGGAUCUAUUCUUGCAAAGCUUAAAGAAAAGAAUUACAGCAUAAGAAAUUGGCUGGGAAAAAUAAUAUGGCCUGAAGAUGGUGUGAAUUAUUCAAAUAAUCCUCCAGAUUCGCCUUCCUCCUCGAGAAGCCACGACUCGACUCAACAGUGGGAGAAAAUCGGUCUAGAGAUCGAGCAUUAUGCCAACAAAUUGUUGUCUUUGCAUAAAGAGGAAGGGGAGUUUGAUGGGGCAAAUGCAAUAUUGAAGGAAUAUUCUACUGAGCUAUGUAUACCAGAAAAUACUGUAAGUACAGAAAGAAUUCAUGCUCUCAAAACCAGGAUACAAAACGCUCGAGACAUGAUCGAGUUCAACAGAAAGAACACGAAUGUCGCCAAAGAAAGGCGCGAGAAAGCUAAAUGGGCAAUAAGCAUAUGCAACACCAGGGCCGAAGAGCUUGAGGACAGCCUAAAUGAAGAGAUUGCGAAAGCUGCGGAUCUCAACAAAGAAAUAGAGAGCAGAAAAGAAGAGAUUUACGAACUCGAGUGUGAAGUGGAGCAAAAGAGAAGCAAGCUCAGCUCGAUUCUUGAACUACAAAAUGAACUCACGAGCAAACUCCACAUGUCGUCCUCAGCCAGAGCGCGUGCGGAGGCCCAACUCGAGAAAGCAGCGCAAGCAAGAGCCGAAUUGAUUCAGGAAAUCGAGAAACUGAGAAAACAGAGGGAUGUUUUGCAACGACGGAUAGAGUUCUGUAAGGAAAAGGAUGCAGUUGGGGAAGUAUCAAAGUCGAUCGACCUUGGAUUUGAUUUCAGAGAGUUCUCCGGAGCCGAAAUUAAAGAAGCCACUCAAGACUUUUCCGAACAUUUGAGGUUGGAAUCUGGAGGUCGGUCGACAGAUGUUUGGAGGGGUCGGAUCAAUCAUAUAAUGGUUGCUGUUAAAAUUUACAAUUCAGCAAAUGAAGAGUCUUUGGCAUCCAUGGUGAAACUUCUUAACCAAAUUAGGCACCUGAACAUACUAGCCGCGAUUGGCUUCUGCACUGAGCUAAACUGCAUCGUGUACGAGUACGCACACAACGGUACCCUUUCGGAUGCACUAUUUUCGACUGGCCAAGGCAGUAACAGAAAGAAUCCUGGUCUAAGUUGGUAUGACCGGAUACGAAUUGCAGCUGAAAUCUGUUCAGCCUUAGGAUACCUCCACAGGACCAAACCUAAGCCAAUCAUCCAUGGAAACUUAAAACCUUCCACAAUCCUCCUUGACAGGAAUAACAUUGUGAAAAUCAACGGCUUGAGGGACCCCUGGUCGCACUACGAGCUCGGGAUCAAAUUAGACGUGCGGGCUUUCGGGAAGUUAUUGGUGCAGCUCCUAACGGGUGAGAAUUGGUCUGAUACAACAGACAAUGCGGGCCUAGACGAAUCAGCCGGGCCUUGGCCCAUGGAUUUGGCUAUGGAACUUUGCAGCAUUGCAAGGAGGUGCUUGUCUGAUGAGGGAAUGGUUAAAAUGCCGACCAGAGAGAUCAAUGAUGUAAGAAAACGAGCGGAUUCGGUGGCUGCUGAUGGGGAAUGCUCUGUGCCUGUUGCAGAGGAGAGUGCCGAUGUGGCGGACUUGAGCAACGUGCCUAGUGCAUUCAUUUGUCCUAUCUAUCAGGAUGUCAUGAGAAAUCCUCAUCUUGCUGCGGACGGAUUUUCGUACGAAUUGGAAGCCAUUGACGAGUGGCUCAAAACGGGACAUGACACCUCACCAGUGACUAACUUAAGGCUAACUCACAAACUAUUAACUCCAAAUCAUACUCUGCGGUCGGUUAUCCAGGAUUGGCAGAAUAAAGGACCAUCCAGCAAUAACUGA